AUGAAUUUAUUGAUACCAUUUCAAAAAUAGUAAUAUGAAUUAGUAGUCCAAAAUAAGGAACUUAAAAAAAAUUAAUCUAUGUUCAGCUUUUCCAAGAAUACUCCGAUUUAGGAAAAUCUUUUAGUAAUAGUAAAAAUAUAAUGGUGA